AUGGUGUCACUGCUAAAGAAAAAUGAUUCUGGAGAACUAGAGUCACCUGAUGUCAUUGGGUACAGGAGUGUGAUGUUGAAGAUCUAUAGGAACCUGGUGUCACUGUGUGAGGCUCUACAGGAGUGUGAUGUUGGAGAAACAGAGGAAACUGGUGUCAAGAGUGAAGCUGUCCCCUCCUACAGCUACAGAAGUGUGAUGCUGGAGAACUACAGGACCCUGGUGUCUGUAGGUGAGGCUGAUUCCUCCCACAACUACGGGAGUCUACAGGGCUGUAAUGGUGUAGAACUACAGGAACUAGGUGUCACUGGGUUAGGCUGUACUAUCCCCCAGAUACAGGAGUAUGAUGGUGGCGAACUACAGGAACCUGGUGUUUCUGGAUAUAUGAGUGUCUUGGUGGAGAACUACAGCAUCCUGGUGUCCCUUGGUGAGGCUGUCCCCUCCCACAGAUACAGGAGUGUGAUGGAGAACUACAGCAACCUGGUGUCACUGGGCCCCGAAGGGAUCCAGGACGCGGGCAGCCUCGGGCGGCACGUGGAAGACCAGGAGGAGCCCGAAGGGCGGCCGGGAGCACUAUCCCCACGCCGCCGCGCCCGCAUCUUUCGGUGGUCAAGGCCAGCGCGGGUCCCAUCUGCACGUCUAGGGCAGCUCGAGGAGCGCCUCCCCGCUUCUGCGGAAGGGGCGCCCCGGGUGGUGGGGAGCGUGCUGCAGGCGCGUCUCUUCUCUUUCUCCUCUGCAGCUCUGCUCUCCGGGGACACCGCGCCGCUCCGGGAGAGGAACCGCAAGCGGGAGGUGGCGGGGCGCGGAGCUGGACAGAGAGCCAUGGCGCAGGGCUUGGUGACCUUUGGGGACGUGGCUGUAGCUUUUUCCCCAGAGGAGUGGGAGUGGCUGAGCCCCACGCAGAGGAGCCUGUACAGGAGGGUGAUGCUGGAGAACUACCGGAGCCUGGCGUCGCUGGGACUCUGUGCUUCUAAGCCCGACGUGAUCUCCUCCCUGGAACAAGGAAGAGGCCCCUGGACGAUGAGGAGAAGGGGGACGCGAGGCCCGUGCCCAGAAGCGGAGGCUGUGCAGAAGACCCAGGAGUCCCUUCCCGAUCGCCCACGUGAGGAAGGACGAGCCCCGGCGGCAGCAGCGGGGCCCGCGGGCUGUUGCCUGGAGGACUCUGUUUUAGGGGAGAGCUGGGGUUCUGAUGCUCUACUUGAGACACAGCCGGGCUUGGUGACCGUCACCAGCAUGGCCGUGGACUUCUCCCGGCAGCCAGACCCAGCUCAGAGGACCUUCUGUAAGGACGUGCUGUGGGAGGAGCCGAGUGACCAGGAGUCUGUAGGACGGGGCGUUUCUAAGCCAGACGUGGCCUCUUUCCUGGAGCAAGAGGAGGAGCCCUGGAUGGUGCCCAGAGAGCUGGCUGCAGGCCUGUUCUCAGGCCAGCAAUCUGUUCAUGAGACCCAAGAAUUAUUUCCAAAACAGGACUUAUGUGCUGAUGGAGUAAUAGACAGAACUUCGAGUGCCAAACUUGAGGAUUCCACUUUCAGAGAAAAUUGGGCUUCUGAGUGUGUGUGUGAAGGGAAGCUGGCACAUCACGAGACAGUCACUCAGGACCAAGCCCCCCCAAAGGAGAGAGAGCAUUUGUAUAACAAACCUAGAAGAUGGUUCCACUUGAAUAGUUCAGAAGAGAGAGUCCAUAGUUGUGAUUCAGGUAAAGGUUUUCAGAAAACUUCAGUGGUAAUAAAACAAGCAGGAAUCUAUGCAGGAAAAAAACUGUUCAAAUGUAAUGAAUGUAAGAAAACUUUUACUCAGAGCUCAUCCCUCACUGUUCAUCAGAGAAUUCAUACUGGAGAGAAGCCCUAUAAGUGUAGCGAGUGUGGGAAGGCCUUCAGUGACGGUUCCUCCUUUGCACGGCACCAGCGGUGUCACACGGGCAGGAGGCCCUAUGAGUGCACCGAGUGUGGGAAGGCCUUCAUACAGAACACGUCCCUCAUCCGCCACUGGAGGUACUACCACACCGGGGAGAAGCCCUUCGACUGUGCCGACUGCGGGAAGGCCUUCAGUGAUCACAUAGGGCUGAACCAGCACAGGAGGAUCCACACCGGAGAGAAGCCCUACACGUGUGACGUGUGUCACAAGUCCUUCAGGUACGGCUCUUCCCUCACUGUGCACCAGAGGAUCCACACUGGAGAAAAGCCGUACGAGUGUGACGUCUGCAGAAAAGCCUUCAGCCACCACGCGUCCCUCACGCAGCAUCAGAGAGUGCAUUCUGGGGAGAAACCUUUCAAGUGCAAGGAAUGUGGGAAAGCCUUUAGGCAGAACAUCCACCUGGCCAGUCACCUGCGGAUCCACACUGGAGAGAAGCCCUUCGAAUGUGGCGAGUGCGGGAAGUCCUUCAGCAUCAGCUCCCAGCUCGCCACUCACCAGAGGAUCCACACGGGGGAGAAGCCCUACGAGUGCCAGGUGUGCGGCAAGGCCUUCACCCAGAAGGCCCACCUGGCGCAGCACCAGAAGACCCACACCGGGGAGCGGCCCUACGAGUGCAAGGAGUGCGGCAAGGCCUUCAGCCAGACCACCCACCUGGCGCAGCACCAGCGCGUGCACACGGGGGAGAAGCCCUACAAGUGUGUGGAGUGCGGGAAGGCCUUUGGGGACAACUCCUCCUGCACCCAGCACCAGAGGCUCCACACUGGCCAGAGGCCUUACGAGUGCCUGGAGUGUGGCAAGGCCUUCAAGACCAAGUCCUCCCUCAUCUGUCACCGCAGAAGUCACACCGGGGAGAAGCCUUACGAGUGCAGUGCGUGCGGCAAGGCUUUCAGCCACCGGCAGUCCCUCAGCGUCCAUCAGAGGAUUCACUCUGGGAAGAAACCCUACGAGUGCAAGGAGUGCAGGAAAACCUUCAUCCAAAUCGGGCACUUGAACCAGCACAAGAGAGUUCACUCUGGAGAGAGGCCCUACGGCUGCAGGAAGGGCAGGAGAGGCUUCAGGCCCACGGCACACUGUGCCCACCCUCCACGGGGCCACUCUGCAGAGUCCUCCACGCGCCCUGCCCUCUCCUCCACGUCCAGUUCUGUGGACCUCUUCCCCAGAUUCCUCUGGAGUCCGUCCUCACUGCCAUCGCCGUAGUCUCAGGAUACCAUUUCAGCUGCAUCACUUCACUUAAAAACUCAUCUGUCUGCCCUUUGUUUUUGUCCCUUAUAAGUUCAUUCUUCACAGUCAGACUGGUUUUUUUAAGUGAAAAUGUAAUGAAUUCAUUUGUAUAAACUUGUUUGUGAUCCUCUCAACGAUUAAUGCAUAAGAUGUGCCGCACAGUGCUGGUCCAUACCAAGCAUUCAGUAAACUUGCUCCUUUUCUUUUCUUGUGGUAAAGAAGAUUGAACCCAGGGUGCUUUACCACUGAGCGCAUCUACAACCCUUCUUAGUGUUUGGGUAGGAUUGCACUAAGUUGUUGAGGGUGGCCCUGGACAUUGAAAUGUGACUGUAGGGGCUGGGGAUGUAGCUCAGUGGUCGAGUCCUUCCCUAGCAGGCAUGAGGCCUUGGGUUUGAUCCCUAGCACCAGAGGGAGGGAAAAAAGAAGAGGAAAAAGUUAUGGUAGUCAUCUCGUAAAAAUGAUGCAGUGGGAUGAAGGGAGAAGCCGAUUGUGGGUCAGGAGUGGAGCUCUGCAGGUAGCUAAUGAAAUUUGCCUGUGUUCCUUUAAAAUUUGAUUCCAUGAUGCUGAGAAGUAUUGUGACAUUCCCUUUGAUCUACACAAAUGUAAGGUGAUCUGAGCUUUUUGGUGACAAAAUCCAAGUUUAUGUUUGACAACAGUCUUUGAUAGUGUAGAGGACAUGAAUUAAUAGGCCAUUUGGAAUAAAUGAAUUAAAUAGAUAAUGCAGGAUUGAUAUGCAGAGUUAAAACUAUUAAUGCAGUACUCUGGAUAAACCAAUCUAGUAGCAAGAGUCAGCAAUCCAUGACUUGUGCCCAAGGUCUCGCUGGUGAUUUUUAUAUUGCCCAUGAUCUAAAAUUUUAAAACAUAUUCAUAAGUGGUUCAAAAAUGAAAAUGUUUUCAACAUGAUCAUUAUGUUAAAUUUCAGUGUCUGUAAAUAAAGUCGUGUUUGCACAUAACCACCCUUGUUCAUUCACACGUUGUUACAACAGCAUAGUUGAGUAGCCCAAACAAAGACCAUCUGGUUUGCAGACCCUAAGAAAUCUGCUGCAUGAACCUUUGCAGAAAAAUUUAGUGAUCCCUGCUGUAGAGAUUGCUGAGGAAUCUUUGGCUCAUGGGCAAAAUACUGUCUGCAGCCUGUGUAAAUAGUCCUACUGAACAGUGACCACACUCAUUUGUUCACCUGCUUUCUCUGGCUGCUUUUACAACAGAGGCAGACGUUGAGUAGCUGCAACACUGAUGAUAGUUACUGGGGUUUUUUUGUUUGUUGUCGUUGUUGUGGUUGGGAGGAUUGAACCCAGGGCACUUUAGCAAUGAGCUGCCUCCCCAGUCUUUUUGAGACAGGGCCUUGAUAAGUUGCCCAGGCUGGCCUCAAACCUGUGAUCCUUCUGUCAUAGCCUCCCAAGUUGCUGGGAUCACAGACAUGCAGCACCACGCCCACCACAUUACCAUUCUUUUAUAGAACGUUUACUGCCCACUGCUCUGGAGUGGAGGAAAAUUUACAAAACUAUCAAAUUUUCUAAGGUAAUAUAACUCUUACAUCAGAAAUUUAAAGACUGACUAUAAAACAAUUUAUGAAGAGAUGAAUUACUAAAUGAUAAUGAAAAGUAGAACAUGUCAAUAAAAAGGAAAAAUAGAUGAAAUAUUCGAUUCUAUUUAAAUGAUUGUAAAUUAUAUAUCCCAAAUGGAAUUCCAGUAGAUAUGUUUACUAUAAUGAUUGUUGAUGGUUGUCCGGAAAAAACACAAGGAAGUACAACUAGGCAAGAAAAACCAAGAUAUACUUGAAAGAGUUUCCUUUGUGAAUGAAAUUUAGUAUGUGAUACUGGUAUGUUGAUAUUGGCUGAAAUAGUUGUCUUUACAUAUGAGAUUUGGUAGGUGAUGCUGCCAUAAAACGCUGUGUCAGAAGCAUACAUGAAAGGGUACUUUCAGUAUAUAGGACAUACAGUCUUUAAGAUAAAUGUGAAAGAGUUAUAGUUAGAUCUCUGUAAGAUCACUGUCACAGGGACACAGAAGAUGCCUUCCCCAAGAAGGCGUACUCCUUAAGAUAAAUGUGAGGCAUUUCACAUCUCUCAUAUGAAAUCAUAUGAAGGAGGAACCAGAAAGAAAUGCACACCUUCACCAAGUAGGGCAUAUAGAUCUAGAAGGCACACAGGAAGAGGACCCUUCACCAUGUAGGACACACAGUCCUGGAAGACACAGGAAGAGGACCCUUCACCAUGUAGGACACACAGUCCUGGAAGACACAGGAAGAGAACGCCUUCACUAUGUAGAACAGUCCUGGAAGACACAGGAAGAGGACCUUCACCAAGUAGGACACACAGUCCUGGAAGACACAGGAAGAGGACCCUUCACUAUGUAGGACACACAGUCCUGGAAGACACAGGAAGAGGACCUUCACCAAGUAGGACACACAGUCCUGGAAGACACAGGAAGAGAACGCCUUCACUAUGUAGAACAGUCCUGGAAGACACAGGAAGAAGAUAUCUUCACAGGUCAUCCUAGAAGCUUUAAAGGAAAAGAAUAGUUGACUUGUGCAAUGAUUUAGAACUCCAUCAUGGUGAAAGUCACCAGAAACAUGUAAAAAACAAAAGGCAGAAAAUGUACACAAUUCAUUUAAAAAUAUGCCACUUAGGAAAAAUACCAUUAAAUAUGAAAAGUCAUGGGGGAUCUUUAUGGCACAUACCAGAAUGUAUGUCACAGCUGCUAUAUUCAAGUGAAUUAAGAAACUUUGUGAUGCUCUUACCUCAUUGAACAGACAAGAACUAAUGAAAAUAAUUUUUCUUGACUCUUGGAUUAAAAUCUAAAGUUUGAAUGACA